AUGAAGCGUCACGCCGGCCAAAGCGACAGUGUUGCUGCCGCUAUGGAGGCAGGGCGUGUCAGGGCUGGGUCUGGCGGCAACGUCAACGUCUCCACGAUGCCGACGAUUCAGCCUUAUCAGGCUUCUGGCGUCGGCGGGUUCAGCCCGCACUCCGGCGGCAACGACAAGGCCAGGAGGGACCGCGACAGCUGGCAGCAAACCGUCUCGAUCGGCUGCGCCAUCUGGGUGGUGGGCUGGUUCGCCGGCUACGGCGUGAUGUGGCCCCUGGGCGUUGCCGCGCAGUUGCUUUCCUGGUUCUUGUCCUUCACGCCGUUCGGCAGCGUGUUGUCGUGGUGGAGUUCGGGGCUGCCGGCUCCUGAGGUUUUCCCCGCGGCCACGGAGCUGCAUCUGGCGACUAACAAAGUGGCCAGGUACAUGGAGAGUUACGCGCAGAACUACGGCGAUGCCGCGCUCAUCUUCGCGGCACACGACGGCUACGCGCAGGUUGUGACUGGCCUGCUCGCGAGCAAGGAGCUGGGCUACAGCGAGCUCGUGGACGCGGCGGACGAGUCUGGCCACACGGCGCUCCUAUACGCGGCCGGGCGCGGUUUCACGCAGGUCUCGGCGGCCUUGCUGCGCGGGGGCGCCGAGCCCGACGCGCCGAAGCAGGGCAAGGAGGGCCAUGGGCUCACCGCGCUGAUGCAGGCUGCGGGCUCUGGGUACCGCGAGAUCGUGACGCUGCUUCUGGCAGCCAACGCCACCGUGGACCUGCAGGACGAGUUCGGGAACUCCGCGCUCAUGUACGCGGCUCACGGCGGCCAGCUCGGCUGCAUCCAGGAGCUGCUGAAGCAGGGCGCGAUGCGCGACCUCACCAACCGCAGGGGCGACACGGCUCUGUCCCUGGCGACAGCCAAGGGUCCGCAGGCCGUGGUGGACGCCCUGCAGCGCGGCGCGAGGCCCGUGCUGGAGUCGGCCGUGCGCCGAUCCGGCCGGGAUGCCGCCAGUUCUGAGCUCUGGAAGGAGUUUCAGUGCCUGUGCUUUGUGGCUCACCACCUGGCCCUCUGGGCCCUUCACGGUUCCACGCACUUCUUCGGCGUGUAUGCCUAG